CCCACCCCCUCGGGCCACCCGCUCUUGAGUUGGAGACUCCUGGAUCCCGUUCGGCUCACAGUCCGGGCAACAGAGGGACACGGGAAUGGACACAGAAGGGAGUCAGAGCAGCCUGUCGUCCUCCACGCAGGACUCCCCGCACGACCCCUGCAAAAUGUUCAUCGGCGGGUUGAGCUGGCAGACGACACAAGAAGGGCUGAAUGAAUACUUUUGUAAAUUCGGCGAGGUGAAGGAUUGUAUGGUGAUGAGGGAUCCGGUUACGAAGCGGUCGAGGGGGUUUGGAUUUGUGACCUAUGUAGACCAGACCGGUGUGGAUAAAGUUUUGGCCCAAAACAGACACGAGCUGGAUUCAAAAACAAUUGACCCUAAGGUGGCCUUCCCACGCAGAGCUCAGCCGAAGCUGGUAACAAGAACAAAGAAGAUCUUUGUUGGAGGAUUGUCUGUCAACACCACUAUCGAAGAUGUGAAACAGUAUUUCGAUCAAUUUGGAAAGGUUGAUGACGCGAUGCUAAUGUUCGACAAAACCACCAACAGGCACAGAGGUUUUGGCUUUGUGACCUUUGAGAAUGAAGACGUGGUGGAAAAGGUCUGCGAGAUCCACUUUCACGAGAUCAACAACAAGAUGGUGGAGUGCAAAAAGGCGCAGCCGAAGGAAGUGAUGUCACCGAUAGGUACGGCACGAGGCCGCUCCAGGGUGAUGCCCUACGGCAUGGACGCCUUCAUGCUGGGUAUCGGCAUGCUGGGUUACCCAGGGUUCCAGGCGGCCACUUACGCCAGUCGUGGCUACACAGGAAUCACACCGGGAUACACAUACCAGUUCCCAGAAUUCCAUUUAGAACGGACACCCCUUCUGACUUCCUCUCACCCCCCAGAGAUCACAGAAUUCCAUUUAGAACGGACACCCCUUCUGACUUCCUCUCACCCCCCAGAGAUCACAGCCAUUCCACUGACAGCCUACGGACCAAUGGCAGCGGCCGCAGCUGCAGCGGUGGUCAGAGGUUCCACACACUCACGUACCGCCGGCUUCCUGGGCACCAGCAGCCCUGGGCCAAUGGCAGACCUGUAUGCAGCAGCCAAUCAGGAUUCAGGAAUCAGCAGCUAUAUCAGUGCGGCAAGUCCCGCCCCCAGCACAGGGUUUGGACACGGACUCGGGGGUCCUUUGAUUGCAACGGCCUUUACCAAUGGCUACCACUGAGGGGUGUCCAAUCAGAGCCCAGCAUGGGAGGAGAAACUCACGCGCUUGUGAACCGUGAGCACUUCUGGCGAUGUGACGUGCUUUUGGGACGAACCCCACGGGCGGCUGCGGUCCCUCCUGACUCCGCUCUGGAGUUUCCAACUUUUCUUUUUCUCUAUUCUCUACUAACAUCACUUUUCGUUUUCCUCAUCCCGUAUUUCCUUCCUGACGUAUCCGACUCAUUUAUGAUAUGCUGCGGUCUUUCUUUUGAAAGAAAAAAAAUGAAGAAAGAAACUUUGUCAAAACAAUAUUGUUUGAUUGUACGUGCGGAAACGCAAGGAAUUUCAUUUCCCCGGAUUUUUAUUUUGACAAUUUUUCUGCAUUUGUUAUGUAUUUUUGCUGACUGUGUUUUUAUGUUUUUACUGUACUCAUGCUGUAACGGAUGAUGUCGAGAAGACAGCGAGAGAGAAAGAGAAAGAAGAGGCACGAAACUGGAAAAAAAGUCCAGGAUCUGUUUGGUUUUUAAAACGAAUCUAAACAACACCGAACAAAUACGUGAGAAUGAAUCAAAUUUGUGAAAAAACAAAGCAAAACGACAGGACAAAAAUGUAUAUUUUGGUAGUUUUUACACAGCAUUUGUAAUGUUAUAACGAACAUUCUUACGCUGAAUCGUCAAUUUUUUUUCGUAAAAUUGGUUUUACAUAAGAAACAAUGGGCCUCAUUCAUGACUUUUCUGCGUGAAUCUGCAUUCUACAGUUUCAGAUGUAAGAAUAUUUGACACAUUUUUACACAGAAAUCCAUUCUGCUCAUGUUGAGGCUCAUUCUUCGGCUUCUUUUUGUAGAUACUGUAUAUAUGCAUGGAUUUUGGGAGGGUUCGAGGGUUCGGAUUGAAUGAUGGACUGGGGUUUGCGGGAGGGCUGAGGGUUCUUUAUGGUUCUUAACAUGCAAACAUCUUUCUUCACAUUCAGUCUUGCAUUUCUGAGACUAGUUUCAUCACCAAGUUGGACCGAUGUGGGUCUUUGGUUGUGCUUCUCUCGCUUUCGACUCCAUUUAUACUCUUUCGGCCUAAAUUCUCCGAAUCAAACGGACCUUUCUGUCGUUUCGGUUUCGUAUGAAUCCUCACGCUCGUGAAUGUUUUCCAUUAGAGCAAAUGAUUUGGUUGCGUGUUUGGGAAACGGAAACGCGGUCUUGAUCCGCCUCAUUUUCGAAGAGCACGGCUGCUGGGCUUCUCUUCAUGCUGUUUUUGGAAAUAUAUAUUAUAUAUAUAAUGUUUUGCGCAGUGUACUUCUAUUGUAAAUCGUUCCCUUUCUCCUUUUUCUGUUCGUUUUUGACGGUACAACGCUGUUUUUUUUUUUUUGAAGAAAUGAAGGACAAAUUUACAAAGCAAAGGAGUCUGAGCGCUGUUACACCUGUCGUUGUGUGUUGGGAUGUGCGUGUGUGAGUGUAACUGAAGUAUGGAUGUACACGUAGCUAGUUUACAUGCAUUCAACUGCCACCUUUGAAACUGUCUUGUCUCUGCCAGCAAUGGAGAGGAACGUCUCUGAAAUCACAGCUCUAAUGGAGGCCUUCUGGGAAAAUUGUUAAUUUUUAUGUAAUUGUUACGCUUGACUAAUAAUAGACAUUCAGAGUGAUUUUUUUUUUCAUUUCAGCAACAUUGGAUCUGUUUGA